AUGAGAAAUCCCUUAAACUGGGACUUUUGCACACUUUUACUAAGCCAAGAAAAUUGUGAGAUUCUGUAUAACUUUGUGAAUCUUUUGAACGUAAGUUUAGUGCUUCCUUCUUGUAUUUUUGGAUAUGGUUGUGCUCUUUUGGAUAUUGUUCUGCUCUCAUUUUAUACCUUGUUUUUGAGUGACACAAUUGCAUUAUUAGCUGCUUAUGUAGUAAUUUUAGAAAACAAUCUUGACUUCAGGUGUACUUUGGAAAUUCAUGUUGGUGGUAAACUUGUGAGGGGGGCCCAGGUUGAAUACUUGGGUGGGUUUGUUGCACAAAGUAAGGUAGAUCCAGACUUCUUCUCAUUUUAUGACUUCAUGUCUGUAAUUAAGGAGACAGGAUAUUCACAAGCAGAUAACAUUAGUGUGUUUUAUAGACUUCCCAACACUGACAUGAACAAUGGCUUAGUUGCAUUGACUUCUCAUGAUGAAAUGCUUAACAUGUUUGCAACACAUUCUCCUGGUAUGAAGUAUUUCUCUAUUGAUAUGUAUGUUGAUUGUCCUAAUGUGGUUGAUUCAGAGGAUGAGGAGGUGAUAGGUAGAGACACAAACACUGUAGACCAAGGUUGCUUAACCGAGUUGGGAUCUGACUUACAAGUAGAGGAAGGACAGGGAGGUGUUGACUUAGGAGUAGAGGAAGGACAUGAAAUUGUUGACUUAGACGUUGAAGGUGUAGUCCAAGGUGUGGAUGCAAAUGAAACUGAUCAUAUGGAGUUCCAAAUGGAUGAUGAUAGCUCAGACAUUGAGUGGAUGCCUUAUGAUGAUAGCUCAACUUCCACUGGGUCUUUUAGUGGGGUAGAAGAGUCUUCUGAUGAGGAGGAAGAGGACAACAUUCCCUUGGUAGGUUUAGGUAAAAACUUGGGUCAAAACAUAGGUGAUGAAGAAGAGGACUUUAGUUCUGAUAGUGAUGAUAACAAUUUAGUUGAUGAUGUGACUGAUGAGGAUGGGAAACCUAUUUUUCCAGAGUUCAAAGAGCAUUAUAUGAAGAAGCCUGAAUUAAUAGAAGGGAUGAAGUUCCCUAAUGUGCAAGUGUUUAGGAAACUAUUGAGAGAAUAUCAUAUAAAGGAGGGGUAUACGUUUAAAUUUUUGAAGAAUGAGUCUAAGAGGGUCACUGUGAAGUGUACACAUGAUUGUGGCUUUAGACUUCAUGCCUCUCCCAUGUACGAAGAGAGAUCCUUUCAAAUAAAAAAGAUAAAUCAACAACAUUCAUGUACUAGGAAGUACACUAAUAAUAAUGCAACUUCGUCUUGGCUUUCUGAAAAGUACUUGGCCAAAGUUAGUGAUGCCCCAGAGACUAAGAUCAGUUCAAUGAAGAAAACAGUUAGGAGGGAAUGGUUGUUAAAUGUUUCUGAGAACAAGAUCUAUAGGGCAAAGAGAAAGGCCCUUGAACUGAUUCAAGGAGAUCAUAGAGUUCAGUAUGUGAGGUUGUGGGACUACUGUGAAAUGGUAAGAAUACAGAAUCCACAUAGUACUGCUAAGUUGAAGGUGGAUAGGCCCUUGCCAGAUGAAGGACCAGUGUUUAAAAGGAUGUUUAUAAGCUAUGCUGCCCAACUGAGGGGAUUUUUAGCAGGUUGUAGGCCGAUAAUUGGGUUAGAUGCUUGUUUUUUGAAAGGGCCAUUUGGUGGUCAGUUGAUGCAUGCAACUGCGAAAGAUGCCAACAAUCAGAUGUUUCCUUUGGCAUUUGCUGUUGUGGAGGCUGAAACAAAAGAGAGUUGGACUUGGUUCUUGGAAAGUCUGAUGGACAUGAUAGGCAAUCCAGAGGAAAGGGGUUGCUGCUUCAUAUCCGACAGGCAGAAGGGAUUGACACAAACGUUUGCACAGUUGUACCCUAAUGUGGAACAUAGAUACUGUAUUAGGCACAUGUACUCUAAUUUCAGUAAAGUGUACAAGGGUAAGGAGUGGAAAGACCUCAUGUGGAGGGCUGCAUCAGUGUACACAAUUCAUGAAUUUCAUCAAGCUAUGGAGGCCAUUAAAUCAAUUGAUGAGAAUGCAUAUGAGUAUUUAAUGAGUGAACAACCCUCAACAUGGGCUAGGUGCAUGUAUGGAACAAGGUCUAAAUGCAAUAGAAUGGACAAUAACACAAGUGAAGCAUUCAAUAGAGCAAUAAAAGAUGCAAGGGACCAACCAAUUUUGACCAUGGCUGAAAGUAUUAGAAGGUACCUAAUGACAAGGUUGCAAACAAGAAAUCGAUUGUGCCAAGGCUGGAAGGGUAAUGUAUGUCCAAGAAUUAGAAGAAGGGUUGAGAAAGCAUGCAAGUUAAUGGGGGAGUGUGAGGUGAUUUACAGUGGUGGCAGAAUAUUUGAAGUACUUACUGUACUUAGGACCCAUGUUGUGGACAUAUGA